UAAAACUCUGAGUCUGUUGUUCUCCAGCUGCAUGAACAUUCCUCCAGACCAUCGCGGGUUGGACCUCCUCCCUCCUGGUCCCCCCUCCCUCAUAUAACCCCCUACAAUCUCCACCUGGCUCCUCCCACCAGCUACAUAAAAACACGUCUGGUUCCCCACAUGUUCUAGGGGUCGUCUGUCCUGAACACGCAGCAGUUUCCUCCUCUGCCCGCGCUGAAGCAACAUGAGCGUCUGUGUGGUUUGGUGUGCAGCGGCUUUGAUGCUGCGGGUCUUGGCUGCAGAUGCCAAGGAGCUGACCAUCACCACCAUACAGGAUGAGCCGUACGCCAUGACCAAAGGUUCCCAGAUGGAGGGUUACUGCAUUGACCUGAUUUCAGAGCUCUCCAAGCAGCUCGGCUUCACGUACCGGGUCCAGAUGGUGAAGGAUCACCGGUACGGAGCCAUGGAUGCAAAUGGGAACUGGAACGGGAUGAUCGGGGAGAUUAUCAGAGGGGAAGCAGACCUGGCUGUGGCCCCGCUGACCGUCACGGCCGUCAGAGAGCAUGUGGUGGACAUGACCACGCCCUUCAUCCACACCGGACUCAGCUUCAUCAUGCGUAAAAGCAGCAGCUCGGGCUCCAGCGCCUUCAGCCUGCUGUCCCCGUUCUCCAGCGACAUGUGGGCCGGGGUUCUGGUGGCCUUCCUGCUGACGGCUCUCUGUCUGUUCCUGGUGGGAAGGAUCAGUCCCACGGAGUGGGCCGAACCGGAGAAGGACGAGCACAGCUUCACUCUGCUGCACAGCCUCUGGUACAUCACCGGAGCGCUCGCCCUGCAAGGUGCCGGUCCACAUCCCAAAGCCCUGUCUGGACGUGUCGUUGGCGCCAUCUGGUGGCUGUUUGCGGUGCUGCUGCUCGCCUGCUACUUUGCCAACUUCCACUCGGUUCUCCACUCGGAGCACAAACACAUCUCCAUCUCCAGCUUCGAGGACCUGGCCAACCAGGACGUGGUGGACUACGGGACGAUUCAGUCCGGGUCCUCUAUGUUGUUCUUUAAGAACUCCAACAACCCGGUUUACCGGCGGCUCUACCAGCACAUGGAGCGGAAGAAGAGCUACGUGAGCUCCACCAGCGAGGGCUUCCGCCGGGCCCAGGAGGGGAACUUUGCCUUCAUCGGGGAAGCCGUGUCCCUGGACCUGGCCGUGGCCCGGUACUGCACCCUGACCCGGGCUCAGGAGAUCAUCUCCAUGAGGUCCUACAGCAUCGCCGCACCUCUGGGAUCCCCGCUGGUGAAGAACCUGACCAUCGCCAUCCUGAAGCUGAGCGAGGCAGGUGAGCUCACACACCUGAGGGACAAAUGGUGGGCCAGCAGCUGCGUCGGUACCGACGACCACCACGAGUCCGAGGCGCUGCAGUCCCACGACCUGCGGGGUCUCUUCCUGCUCCUGGGUCUGGGUCUGGCUGUGGGACUCCUGCUGGCCCUGCUGGAGCUCCUGUCCAGGGCCCGGAGCCAAGCCAAGGCUGGGAAGAAAUCCUGCUGCUCUGUUCUGACGUCGGAGCUGAACCGGCGGUUCGGGAGCAGAGGGGAGGUGGAGGAGCCGGAGAGGUCGGAGAAAAGCAAAGCGUGAAACAUGGAACGUCAGUGGGAAUCUUUGGGUUUUCUCUAGAAGCAGAUGCGUGUUUUUUUUUUACGUCUGUAGGAAAGUUCUGGUCCGUUAGCAGAACCCAGAACCUUUAGAUACUAAACCCCCUUCUGUCAUUCCUAAUGGAACCGCUUCCUUGUCGGGCGGAACGUUGUUGUUCUUCUGUGGAAAUUUCUAAAUAAACGUUCCAACGCUC